UCCUCAGUGAAAAUUCUUGACACUCAAGAAUAAAAUACGAUCUGUAUGUGUGUGAGAAUAUCUGAUUUCGUUACUAUUAGAUGUACAGGUUUGGCAACAGAGCAUUUAUUUUGCAACUGUGCUAAUGUUUAAUUUUCGUAGUUUUCGCCGAUGAGGUAUCGUGUUGUUUUGCAGCUCGUUUAGCAAGCUGUAAUUUUGUAUAUAUGGAUUCUGAGCAAGUUGAGAGGCUACGUGAAGUGCGCGAAGGAGGUGUGAGACAGUGCGAAAAUAAUAUCACACAAUGGGAAAAAUUGAAAAAGGAUUAUGAAGCAUUAAAGGAGCGACUAGAAACUCUGCCAGACUCUCUUUCUUAUGAUGUUACAGUUCCAUUUGGUUCUAGUGCUUUUACCCUAGGAAAAUUAGUGCACACAAAUGAAAUAAUGGUAUUGAUUGGAGAUGAUUGGUUUGUAGAAGUUUCUGCCAAACAAGCAGUUUCUAUUGCCAACAGAAGAAUUUUACGGUGUUCAAAGAUGUUGGAAGAUUUCCACCAAGAAAAGCAGUUGCAUGAAAACGAGUUGAACUAUUUAAGUGAAGAAUAUCAUAAUGGAGAGUUUUUAGACAUUGUGGAAAAUUAUGAUGAAGAGGAGGAGAGAAAGUGGAGAGAACAGCAUAGAAAGAAUGUUAAAGCAUAUAGGCAAAAGCUUGCAGAAUUAAAACAGGAUGCUGACAAUCAGAACUGUAAUAAUUCUGAUGAAGAGUAUCGAAUCAAGUUAGAAAAUUUAGAAUUGAUGGAAGCUGAAUCAGAACUCAGAGAAGGAGAAUCAGAUCGAAGCAUGCCAGAAUGCUCAGAUGAUGGUUCUCAGCAUUCAGAAGAACUACAUUGUAAACCAGCUUUGAAACUAAACAUUAACUGUAAUAAUACACAGAUGUGUUCAGAGAGUGAAACUGGUGAAGAAAUGGAAAACAGUAUUAAAAGCAAAGAUCUGAAUGCAAAUUUAGAAGUCAGCAGUCCUACAGAUAGUGUAAAACAUGUAAGAUGGCAAGAUUUAUCGAAACAGAACAUUAAAAGAAUAACAUUCAAGCAUAGCAAAAGCAAACACAAGCAAAAUCAAAAUGCAAAAAAAGAGGAAGUAAAAGAAGGUGAAGAGCAGCCUUUAAUACAAAGUCCUUCAGAUAUAUACAAACACUUUGGAAAUUUAUUUCAAAUGAAUUCUCCUAAGUCUAUAUUAAAAGUUAGAAGUGUUUCAGUGGAAUCAAAUGAAUCUUGUGUCUCAAGUGAUGAAAUUAUGCCAAAAGAAAAUUUUCCUGAAAGCAGAAAAGAAACCAUAAUUACAGCUUUCACUGGUGAAGUACGGGAAUGUUCCAGUCCUUUACGUGCUACAGAGAAUAAAACACCUAGACCAACAUCACACUUUAAAAGUGCUCGCAAGAAUCGUAAGAGAUAAUAUACAUUCCAAGUACAUUUUACAUACCUGUUUCAUUUAGUACAAAUAAAAUGUAUGUUUAUACUUGA